AUGGUCUACGUCAUUGGACUCUCACUUGUAAUGGCUGGUGCCAUCUUGCCUGCAACAACGACCAAUUGGAUGGCUUCUGCCUACCACUCCAUUAGACCGUGUCGAGCAAUGGAGCAGGUAUUGCAUCAGCUGGAACACGAAUCAAAGCUGACGGGCAUUUCCUACCAACAAGAGUCUCGCCCCCUGCAAGCCCAGGGCUUGAGCAAUGGCUAUCUGAAGCGGUUGGCAAGGGCAUUGGAAACUCAUUUUGAGCGUUUUUCCCGCAAUGAAUCAGAGCAGUUCAAGUACAUACAAGAUCUCAAUUUAAUUGCCAAUAUCUUUGACGAUCGAGGGGUCAAACAUGUGUUGGCAGCCUUGGAACACCCACAUGCUUACACCACAUCGCUGUUGCUGGGAAGAAACACCUUGAUCGGUGACGAGACGGCUCUUGGUUUGGCAAAUCUGGUCGCGAGUGGAGGAGGCAACAAUCAAAACCUUACGUGGCUUGCUCUUGGAGGAACUGCUAUUACUCGCAACGGGAUAGGCAGCUUGUACAAAGCCUUGGGGACGAGACCCUUUUCUUUGCUGGGUUUUGACUACACGUACCGCCCGUCUUGGUCCCAACGAAUACUUCCUCUCAGAACCAACCCCAUUGCGGACAGCUUUCCUCAACUACACCAAGCAUCACUCUUGAAAGAGCUCUCGCUAACGGGCAACCGAUUGGAGGACGAGGAGAUGCUGGAGUUGACAAAGAGCAUUUUACAAACCAACAUUACAAUGUUAGGCUUGACCAACAACAGACUGUCACCGCGAGGGAUUCGUGAUUUGCUUCCACUCACCAAACACCUGCAGAAACUGGAGUUGAGCAUGAAUCGAGGGAUUGGUGACGAGGGCGCAAUUCUCUUGGCCAAUGCCUUGAAAAGCAAUGACACGACCAUCGAAACGCUUACACUUGUCGAGUGCGAUAUCACCCAAACAGGAGCCGAUGCGUUUCGUUCCAUCUUUCCUGAAAACACAAAGCUCAAACAUUUGCUCCUGUCUCACAAGGACAAUGGAAGGAUACGGGCAGAGACAUUGCAAAGUAUCAAAGAGGCAACAGCGCCCAACUGGGAUAGGUCUAAACGACACUGA